AUGGCGGCUGCAACGGACGGUGCAGAUGGGCCUCUGUGUGUCUUCAUCAGCCACGACCCCUUGAGUCUGGAUUUGCUGAUGAAGAAGGUGUCUGAUACCGGCUGCGGGGCCAUCACCACGUUCUCAGGUACCACUAGGGACAACUUCGACGGCAAAGAGGUCGUCCGUCUCGAAUACGAAGCUUACGAGCCGAUGGCACUGAAGGAGUUGGAGAAGAUCUGCCGUGAUGUUCUCGGCGGAGCCUGUGGGAAGGGUGUCAGGAAGGUGGCAUGCGCACACCGCCUAGGUGUGGUGCCCCAGGGCGAGGCCUCCGUGCUCAUCGCCGUGGCUUCGGAACAUCGUCCCGAGGCAGGGUCCCCAGGAAGGCUGCACGUUGCUGUGUACAGCGAGCGAUGUGAGGAGAGAUGGUCAGAUAGUUUGUCCAGGAUCUGCACGGCUCUAAAUAUGUAUGCAUUCACGUAUGCAUCUAUGUGUGUAUGCAAGUAUGCAGGCAUGUGUGCAUGGUGUGUAGAUGUAUAUAAUUUGACUUUGAGGUCGCUGCUCGAGUCGUCAAGCUUAGCGAAAUCUACCGAGACAGAUGUUAAACAUCCGGCCAUUCUUGAUGGCAUGCCAAAAUAA